AUGCCAGCUCAGUUACAAUCAAAUAAUCAUAUAACUUUGCCUGUCAAACUUUCAUGCUGCGCACCACUCAAAUUCGACUUUUUGUCAUGGGGCGACUCAAUUGAAAAUUGCGCCCAUCCGCAGAAAAUUUUCCAUUCUCGUUUGUUGAUAAAAACAGCAACAUCAAUGUCGACUGGAGGGUUCAUCGAGAGUGUCACAGUUCAACAGUCUCUUCAGGAAAAUUGCGCAAGAGGAGAAAAAUUCCGAAAUUCUGUAAGCAGAUUAAACGAAGCACAACAACAAUAUGACAAAGAAAAAGAAAAGUUUCCUUCAUCAGGGAAGUUGAUGUCAGCAGAUAUUCUUUGUAAAGUUGUUAAUUGUAAAAUCGGUAGAAGAAAAAGAAGGAAUGAAGUUAAUAUGUCUUGUAGAAGAUGCCCUCAAGUUCCACAUAUUUGUGAGAAACACAUCUCAACUCUGAUAUCACUGAUAUUUAAAAGCUUUCCGUUUCCUCAAAGCUCAAUGCUUUCUACGAGAAACGAGAAAUGGGAAUGUACAUUAUCUCAAUGGAUGAAUCAAGGGCAGAUUUUCAUUUUACAAUUUUCUUGA